CCUUUCUGUCUUUAGGAUUUUCUGCAGCACUUUUUUGUUGUUUGGAAAUAAUAUUUGUGGUUUUUUUUUGGUUAAGUUCUCUUUUGGUCUGGUGUGGCAGUGAGUCUGGCUGGAGUCACAUGUCACCUCACGGUCUGGCUGCUGAAGAGUUUUGGGGAUCUUGAGGCGCCGCACGCGGUCGGGGAGGCACUUGGUGUGGGUUGAAUGAUUGCAAAAGUGUGUGAGGAUGCUGUGGCUUCCAUCCUUUUGCGAUGCAGCUGCUGUUAGGCUGUUGCAUUUCACUUUCAGUUUGUAAAGGAGCGCUUCUUAACCUUUUCUAGGCCACUGUCACCUUUGGGAAUAUGCUGCAGUGUGUAGACGGUCUCUCGAGAAAAUGUCACUGUGAUUUGUGCACAAAGUGUUGCAUUCCGUUCCAGAGACCCUCCGAAGCUGAUCGUGAAGUCCAAUCCCAAAAGUGAACCGGAACCCCUGAGCAUUAUUCAGUUCCUUGUUAAAAUGGCUCGGGAACAUUUGUUCGCCUGUGUAGCCGCAGGAAUGAGUGUCUGCACUUACACAAUAAACUUUGGGGUUUGAGGAACAAGAUUGAAAAAGAACUGUUACAACAAUUUUCUGGGGGAAAGUUCUCAUUGUCGGUCAGUUUUAAACUAAUACGCGGAUGGCUUCCAAGAAGUAAAGAUGAUCAGUCAAUUUUUUGACAACUGAAAAUCAUAAUCGUGACUGAUAGGUGAUUUUUAUUGUGCACAUUCCUCCUUAGCAAUGUGAUAGGUACUUGAAAAUGUUCACGAAUCAGACUUGAUUUUUCUUGUUCUCUUCCUAGUAUGUUUAUAUGCUUGGCUUUUCAUGAAGCGAAUAGUUAUUGUAUCACCAUUCAUUAUUUAACAAGUACUUUUUGAAGGCAUAGUCUGUAAAUAAAACCAGGCCCUUGCUGCCAUAGAAUUUAUGUUCUAAUCAGGAGAGAUGGACCAUAACCAGGUAAAAUACCGAAUAUGUCAGAUGAUAAGAGCUAUUCCCUGAAGGGUAGUCAGGAAAAACUUGAGACUGGAGACCUGAAGAAAAGGAAAGAUGUGCCCUCUCUUGGGGAAGAAGGUUACAGGCAGAGAGCACCCCAAGUGUGAAGACCUCCUCAGUAUACUUGGCCCCUCUGAGAAAAACUUGGAGACAGAAAGCAGGAGGGACAGUGAGAUAACUUGAGGUUAGAGAAGUAACUGGGGCUGCUAUCAGGCCUUGUCGGCCAUAGUAAGGACUGUGGAUUUGUUUUCCUUUGAAUAAGAUGGGGAGCCAUUGGAGAGUUUUGCGUAGAAGAGAGACCUGUUCUGCUCAAGUUUGUGAGGAUCAUUGUGGCUACUGUUGGAGCAAGAGUGGAAGCUGGAAGACCAAUCAGGAGGUUCCUCUUCAUUGCAGUCUCCCUCUGUAAUUUAAAAUAGUCCACCUGCCUUUUCUACUAUGCUGGUGGGCAUAUAGGUAGUUUCCUUUCUCCCCCUAAUAAAACAACAGUGAAAAUUGAACAUUUCCGUGUAUGCAACAUUUUUCCCCCUUCGAAAUAUUUUCUUGGGGCUGAUUUUUAGAAGGAAUAUGUAUUUAAUCAGUGUAUGGAUAGACUUGUCUUCUUGAUGUAGCUAUGAUUUUCUUCAAAGAAGUUGUGUUACAGAGACAAGGACAGUUACUGAUUUUAAGUGUCAUGGCAGUGUCACUCGCAUUGAGUAUUAUUAUUUAUACUUAAAAUUAAGUUAUCUUUUAGAUUGUUAGAUCAAAUUUUCCAAUAGCUUGACCAUAGAGUCAUGUGUUAGCAACAGGGGGACAGAGAUGCAUUAGACAGGGCCUCUGCCCUUAAGGAUGCACAUUCUGUUGUGGUUGUAGUCUAAUAGUUAAAAAUCUCCAGACCUUACCAGUGUUACUGUUACCCAUGAACUUGGUUUGCAUAUAGUUGGUGAACUUUUCUAUAAAAUAGGUUUGUACUCAAGCCUCUGGUUUGGUUUUUGUUUUUUGUACUGAUAAUUCUUUUUUCUUACAAAGGGAUUUUUUAAAUUGGUAUCUGUAUUUAAUUUGUUAUGUAUGUCUUUAGAAUCCUACAACUGUGACAGCCCCAUGUUUUGUACUUCGCAGUAAAUUAUGCAACUAGUACUUAGUUGAGGACUCUCAGAGUUGAAUUUUUAAAUUGUUGUAAUUCUUUAUAGUUAUUCAAAACACAGAGACUAUUGUUUCUGUUAAAUAAGGUCAGCAUUGGAUCUUUGAAAUUUUGUGGCUUAUAUGGGAGAAUGAUACCAGUCUGUUUUGAUAGAAAUUCAUACCACUGUGAGGGCGUUGCUCAGCAUUUCUGCCCCUCAAAUCUGGGUGACUUAAUUUGGCCUGAACUGGAACUCCGACAUCCAUAAGGAUAGAUUCCCAGAAGUGGGAUAACUGGAUCAGAGGGUGGUUACCCUGUGUAUAAGAGUGUGUGUCUCACUGCACCUUCAAUGGCAUUGAGUAGAUUGUCAGUAUUUAAACAGACCACAUCAUGCGUGAGUACAAGCUAGUGGUCCUUGGUUCAGGAGGCGUGGGGAAGUCUGCUCUGACAGUUCAAUUUGUUCAGGGAAUUUUUGUUGAAAAAUAUGACCCAACGAUAGAAGAUUCCUACAGAAAGCAAGUUGAAGUAGAUUGCCAACAGUGUAUGCUCGAAAUCUUGGAUACCGCAGGAACAGAGCAAUUUACAGCAAUGAGGGAUUUGUAUAUGAAAAACGGCCAAGGGUUUGCACUAGUAUAUUCUAUUACAGCUCAGUCCACGUUUAAUGACUUACAGGACCUGAGGGAACAGAUUUUACGGGUUAAGGACACAGAAGAUGUUCCAAUGAUUUUGGUGGGCAAUAAAUGUGAUCUGGAAGAUGAGCGAGUAGUUGGCAAAGAACAGGGUCAGAAUUUAGCAAGACAGUGGUGUAACUGUGCCUUUUUAGAAUCUUCUGCAAAGUCAAAGAUCAACGUUAAUGAGAUAUUUUAUGACCUGGUCAGACAGAUAAAUAGAAAAACACCAGUGGAAAAGAAGAAGCCUAAAAAGAAAUCAUGUCUGCUGCUCUAGACCCAAAGUAAGCAGCAGCUCUGAGCCAGAUUACAGGAAUGAAGAACUGUUGCCUAAUUGGAAAGUGCCAGCAUUCCAGACUUCAAAAAAUAAAUCUGAAGAGGCUUCUCCUGUUUUAUAUAUUAUGUGAAGAAUUUAGAUCUUAUAUUGGUUUGCACAAGUUCCCUGAAGAAGAAACUGUUUGGUCGGUGUAUAUCUCUCGGAAAAUAAGACAAUAGUAUUUCUCCUUUGCAAUAGCAGUUAUAACAGAUGUGAAAAUAAAUAUACUUGACUCUAAUAUGAUUAUACAAAAGAGCAUGGAUGCAUUUCAAAUGUUAGAUAUUGCUACUAUAAUCAGAUGAUUUCAUAUUGACCUUUUUAUCAUGAUUCCUCCCUGUCAAGCACUAAAAGUUGAAACAUUACACUUUAUAUCUGUAAUGAUAUAGAUUAUGAAAUUUCCCCUCAAACUCAUUGCAGCAGAUAACUUUUUUGAGUCAUUGAGUUCAUUUUAUAUUUAAAAAAUUAUGAAAUAUCAUUCUGUCAUGAUACUCUAAUUAAAUUGUUUGUGCAUAAUGCUUUGGAAAAAAUGGGUCUUUUAUAGGAAAAAACCUGGGAUAACUGAUUUCUAUGGCUUUCAAAGCUAAAAUAUAUAAUAUACUAAACCAACUCUAAUAUUGCUUCUUGUGUUUUACUGUCAGAUUAAAUUACAGCUUUUAUGGAUGAUUAAAUUUUAGUACAUUUUCA